CACGUUGAUGCUAAAAAUUCUAUUGUUUAUGGUUGUUUCAAUUUUUGCAUAGGAAGAGGCUGAGGAAGAAAUGUAUUACUUUUUAUGAUAUAAAAGCCUAUCGAGAAAAAUUGGAGCUUGCUGGAUAAAGACAAUAAAGGAUAUUAAUAAUGAGAAAGAAAACAUGAAUCAAAUUAUUGAGAGUAUUGAGAAUGGAAACAAAACAUCAAUAUUUCAUAAAGUAUAAAUGUAAAUGAUUUUAUCUUGUGUUUAAGUUAUUGAUAUCAAUAACGAGGUAAAUAAUAUAAAAAUAGUAUUAGAUCUUAUCUAGUAUGGGUUACAAGGAAGUUGUGAAAGAUUUUAAUUAUAAACAAUUUAUUGGAAUAGAUUCAACUUUAACAAAGGAAGAAGAGUCUUUAUUGAAAAUAAUUAAGAAAUUAGAAAAGGAUUUAGGUGACUUAGAUAAGAAAAAUAAACUUAAAUAAUCAUAUUAGAAAACUUAAAAGAUUGAAUCAGAAUGGUAAAAUGCAUGGAAAGAAUCAUCAUAAGAAUCUAACUUAUUAUAAAAGCCAAAUUAUUUCAAUUAUGCUUUUUUUUUGUUGUUAAUUAUUGCUAUUUUUGGAGGAGGUUAUUGGAGCUUAAAAUCAAUCUAAGGAAUGAACAAUUAAAAAAAUUAAAAAUAACGAAAAAGAAAUUGA